UGCUCGAAAUAACAGUGCGUUUCUUUACGGCACAAGCCAACAUAAUCAAAGAAUUGAAUCAUGGUGGGGAAUUUAUAGAAAAGAAAACUCACAGUUUUGGAUGACACUUUUUAAAGAUAUAAAAGAGGAUGGAUUUUUUUCAGGAGAUCAUCUUCAUAAAAACUUGAUAAGGUUUUGUUUCCUGAGACUGAUACAGAAAGAACUUUUAGAGGUUGUAAGUAUUUGGAACGCCCAUAAAAUCAGAAAAAAUAAUAAACAGAAUGGUGUGUAUGGACGACCGUAUGUGCUCUACUCGGUUCCUGAAGUGUACGGAACAAGUGAUUAUGUUACUAGUCCUGACAUCGAUGAAGUUGAAAUUUGUUUAGAGCAAUCUACGUAUUGUAGUCUACCAUGCGAUGAAGACAUUUACGAUCUCGCAAACAUAUACAUGGAAGAAUUAGGACAUAGCUUACCAACAGAUGCUUUUGAAGCUGCCACUUUGUAUCGGUGUUUACUGGAACGGUUUGAAACGGACUUAGCAUUACAGUGAUAUUACUAUCAAACUUAUGUAGACUUCGAUAUUAUGAUUAUUUAUUAUCUGGUUACAUGUACAAUUCUAAAAUUAUAUUUGUGUUUAUGCAUUUUACCUUUAUUAUGUCUGGUUUCGUUAUAGUCCGAGAUUACUGUGACGUCUAACGGCUUUUUUGGCCAGACAAGCUGGGACCGUCCCACGACCCGAUCUUGUCUGGCAAAACAGCAGUUGGACGUCAGAGUAAUCUCGAACUAGUUUCGUUAUGAGUGCCAAUGAGACAA